UUCGGAAAGAAGGAGAUUUGCGUCCGGUCGCCAGGGUGAGCCCGAUAAUCAAUCAGCUGAUUUGGAAAUGACGCAACUAGUUAUUUACUGGUAGGCAAAAAACGACGUCGUUUGACAUCGGGAACGAGUUUCGUCGUCGACCUUCGUCGGAUUCUUUUCUCUGAUCGACGUCGUCUUCUAAUCUCGGCUAAACAAUAAAAUCAUGGCGGCCAGUUGGGCUCUGAGGAGAGGAACUUCCGCCGUCGAUUGGUGCGAAGGUAAUUACCUCAUAUCGCCCAUUAUUGCGGAGUUCGUCAAUACGAUUAGUAAUGUGCUGUUUUUACUAUUUCCACCUCUUCUGACUCGGCUAUUUCACCAAUAUGCCAAAGUGGUCACCCCCGGAAUAUAUCUUGUCUGGGCCCUGCUAUUGAUUGUCGGCCUGUCAUCCAUUUAUUUCCAUGCAACACUCAGCCUUGUCGGGCAGUUACUGGACGAAGUUGCCAUUCUCUGGUUAAUGAUGGCAGCUUUUGCCUUAUGGUUUCCUCGGAGAUAUCUUCCAACAUGCAUGAGUGGAAAUAGAAAACUUUUUCAGCAGAUAAUAUUAGUAGCUUCUGUUGCUGGUUCAAUUCUUGCUUGUAUACAUCCUGCAACCAAUGCCUUUUUUUUAAUGUUUGUUGGUCUUCCAUCGACUAUACUUAUGGGUGUAGAGCUUCGAAGGUGUCGAAAUGCACGAGUGGUCCGUCUGGGACUGAGAUGCACCAUUAUAUGGUUAGUUGCCCUUGCAUGCUGGAUCAAUGAUCGUCUGUUUUGUGAUAUGUGGUCUGCUGUCAAUUUUCCCUAUUUGCAUGGAGCUUGGCAUUUGCUGAUAGCUAUUGUUGCCUAUACUGCUUGUGUGCUAUUUGCCUAUUUUGAUGCCUGGAACGAAGUUCCCGAAAAGGUUCCGGUUCUCAUGUACUGGCCGACCGAUAAGUUCGAACUGGGAGUUCCGUACGUGGUUCUUCAGAACUGUCACCGUCUUCCCCCGGACCACCUCAAGAUAUAAAAGGCGCGGCGUCUUCCUCCCGGGCCCGCCCAACAAUAUUAGCGGCGGCGGACCACCGGUAGUUACGCCCGACGGCGGAUUUUCACCGGCAAAAUCCGUCAAAUACCAAACGCUCGGCCCGCGCCUCGGCAAAAACCGGAACGAGGAGGAGGAAAGAACGGAAGCGCUUAGAAUUUUAUUUAUAAAUGCGGGGCGCGGGCGGUUUCGGGCCGGUUCUCUCACUAAUUUAAACGUCUAGCGCGGGCCGGCGGGUGGCCUUCUAUCCGCCACCCGUCGCCUAAUUUUUCCACGGUUUUUUACCGGCUCCGGGCUUUUAUAUAUGGACGGGAAGGGGUGGCGGGCCUUAAUUAUCUACUGUCGGGAAAUCUAAAGAAUUUCCUUUUAAAUUCGAAUAUUCGCCAUUACGGUGUCGACCCGGACCCUUUUAAGUCGUUAAAUUUGUAACGCCGGGGAAGAACCGAGCGACGGCGGGGAUUCCGUCGUUUACGGUAAUCCGGUAAAUCGUUACCUCUGUAAAGUUUUUUUUAUAAAAAACGAUUUCCCGAAAGGAGAAGAUCGGGUGCUUUAAAUUAAACUAGAAAAGAAUGGGUGAAGCGCCUACCCAUGCGCGUGCGCCCGGGGCGUCGCCCUAUCGACGUUUUACAAUCGGGAACCCUUAUAAUCCGUUAUUUAUCGGUCCCCGCAUUUCCCAGGACGGGACGGACCCCGCCCCUUUCCGCCGGACGGGACGGACCCCGCCCCUUUCCCAGGGGGACGGUAAAUAAAUAAAAUACCGGGUCUACGGUUCCGGUCGUUGUUAGCGCGAAAUAACGUUAUCCCAGCGGUAAAGAACGUCCGAGGUGGAGGGUUAUUACCGGGUUUAUAAUUAAUAAUUUUACCGGGAAUUGUUUUUUUCUCGGAUUCCGACGUCGACCGGAUCUCCGAUACUUAGCGGACCCAAUUACUUUGUAUAACUUAUUGUUUAAUCCGUUUUAUUUACGUAUAUUAAUAAACUGAAAGAAAAACAG